GCGUCCCUGGAAACGGAGCGGGAGGGGCGGGAUCCAGCGGGACCGGGCGGGAUCCGGCGGAUCACUGCUGAAAAAAUGACAGCUGGCUCUGUCUCAGCUCCCCAGAUCAUCCCACUUCGAAUCCCACCUCCAGGGAAAGCUCAGCGGGAAAUAGACACAAAUACUCUCAUAGAAAUAAAAUCAGAUACACCUGGGGCCUCUAUUUAUUACACUUUAGAUGGAAGUAAACCAGAACUCAUUAGGAAACCUGGCCAUGGGCCAUAUAACACUUUGGAGUAUAAGGGCCCUAUCAUAUUGCCAGAGGGGAAAAUAAUGGUCAAGGCCCUGGCAGUUACAAAGGACUACAGGGAGAGUUCAAUUGUGACAAAGGUGUUUGUGGUAGAGUACCAGCAACCAAACUCCGUUUUCCCUGUUGAAGAUGAUGACAAGAAUUUCCUGAAAGAUAUGGCCACACAGAAUAAGGAAGGUGGAACAUUUACUACAAAACCUAAGAAGAAUAGACUGAAUGUGGAAAUCAAGCCUGCCUGGGGGGAAACAUCCCAAGACCUUCAAGACAGAAAGGCUACUCAGAGAUCCCCUCAAGGACCUCAGCUCCUUGCCAGUGGUUUGGGAGCCACAGAGCACAGAGAGGAAUCCACCUCAGCACAGCCAGUGGAGUCAUUGCAGUUUGCAAGUUCCUCUGCAGUGACUAGCCAGAAAAGUUUAGCAAGCACACAGGUGUCAAGGAUCCAGAGUGAAACAGAUUUCUUUAAAUGUGCACAUUGCUCUGCCCCUCGCCUGUCUGAGCCCUUGGCUCACUUCUGCCAGAAAUGUGGAUCUCCUGUCCCCCCAGUGCCAGUCCAGCGCUUCCCAGUCCCCGAGGGAGCACAGAUGGCACCGUGCCUUGAGUGCAGACAUCUUGUGCCAAUGAAUACACCCACUUGCAUUAUCUGUGAGGCACCAAUAGCUCCACAGCUGCAGCCCCAAAACAACAUCUGCAUAAAGGGCAAAGUCAUUUGUCAGGUGUGUGGCACAGGAAAUCCUCUGCACCAUAAACACUGUGCAACUUGUGAGAGCAAGCUGCCUGAAGUACAUUUGCCCGUGUUUGGAGGAGACUCCUGCCCACCUGUGCAGGGCCAGCCAAGGAAGACAGCUCAGUGCUCCAAGUGCAGCGGCGUGAACCAGAGCGACGCCCGCUUCUGCGCCUGGUGUGGGGCCAAGCCUGGACCUCCUCCAUCCUACUUUACUUGUUCCAAGUGUGGUACCAGCAACCAGCCCUAUGCUCGCUUCUGCGUGUUCUGUGGUGUCUACAUAGAGCCCCCAUCCAGGCAGAGCUCUCCUGGCAGUCCCAUGGACCGUGGGGACUCCCUGGCAUCCUCUCAGGCAAAACUAUUACAGGCUGGCUGGCAAACUUGUCCUGUUUCCUUGCCCAAAUCAAGGGCAGAACUAACAGAAAGAGAAGAUAAAGGAACCCAAACCAUUGGACUUUUUUACCCAUCCAGCAAACUGUUGGAAAAGAAGGAGCUUGAGCUGAUUUCACAAAAAGAAAAGGUGGAAAAGAUGAGUGAUCAUAAGCCUCUCCUGACAGCCAUUAGUCCUGGCAAAGGUUACUGGAGAAAACAGCUGGAUCAUGUUUGUGCUCAUGUACGAAGCUAUGCCCAGAACAACCUUGAAUUCAGAACACUGAUUGGAGAACCUCAAAUGGGAAAGAUCAAUUAUGCCACCAUCUCUGAAGAUGACUGUGAAGUCACUGUUACGUUGAAUUUUGCUGCUGUUAACAAGGAUAUUCAUCCUAACAGAGCAGUGAAGUUCAGCAAUGAUUACCAGAGUGGUGGAACAGAACUCACAGAUGGACAGGAUGGCAGUCAGACUAAUUUUGGCAGAGGUGAUCCCAAUCUUCUCCAUUCAAGAAGCAAAAUAAAGAGAACCAAGUCAAGAACACUCAUGGGACAGGAAUAUAAGCUCUCUCCAGAGUCCAGACAGCAGCUGGAUGAGCUGGGUCAGUCUGGGAAAGGAAGAAUCACCUUCAUAGAACAAUUGCUCAGUGAUGGAGCUGACCCCAACUCCCUGAGCGAGGAGGAGCGCCCUGCCCUCACAGCUGCUGUCCUGAACAAGCACACAGGAGCUGUCUCCCCUCUGGUGCAGAAAGGGGCUGACAUUGACCAGCAGUCAGGGCCGUAAGCACAACAACACAGCUCUCCAUGAGGCAGUUCUGCUGGGACUGGAGGGAGAGGAGAGCAUCCGAGCCCUGCUAUGGUAGGUAAGCUCAGCUGCAGGCUCCCCCCAGCCUGGCACCACCACUGGAGGGCCACAGCCUGCCCCGUGUCCCUGUGGGAAGAAGCAUCCAGAAAUUCCAAAGUUACUCCACAUCAACAUUCACUGCAAGCCACUUCAUCACUGAGUGCACUGAAUUUAAGCAGUUUAAACCAGUGUUCUGUACUUACAGCUGCAAUGCAAGCGUGCAAAAGAAGAAUGCAGCAGGGCACUCAGCGCUGCAUUUGGCUGCUGCAGCUGGAGAUAAUAAGGUUAUUUCACUGUUCCAAGCAAGUGUGGAUAGAGAACACUGAGCAAACUCAUGUGACACAGGAACACUGUUCUCAUCAAUGUGUUAUUACAACAAACUUUUCCCCAAAUAAAGCUGAAGGUUGUUUA